CCCCCUAUGGAGAUUGUAACAGCUUCUCUUUGUGGAACCCAUGUGAGCUCUUCUGGUGAGGAUGAGCCAAUGAGUGGUGUUGCUUGUAGAAAGAUGUUCUCUCCCUUGUUUUGGAUCACAAUUUCACUGGUGUUCCUCAUCAGCUUCAUCAGCAGAUCCAUUCUCAGAGUGAAGAGUAGAGAGAAGAUUCAGAGAGAGAUUGAAAGGUGUUUGCCGGCGAAAAUUGAAAUUGAAGAAGCUAAUAGGAUGGAGGAACCAAGUUUCAGCUUUAAGUUUCAGUAUCAGAUUCCUGAGUAUGAUAAUAAUAAAGUUAGCACAGAGGAACCUUCAAUUCCAAUUGCAAAGGAGAAUGAGUUGUCGACGGCUACGAGCAUCAGUAAUUAUCGGUUCUUGUCGGAGAAGGAUUUCAGCGGCUUCGUGGAACAGCCGGAAUCCGUGACAGUUUCUGUCCAAGAAUCUUACAUUGAAACAGAAACAGCAGCAGCAGCAGCAGCAGCAGAAGCAGUAGCAGUAGCAUCUGCAGCUGCAGAAGAAGAAGACGAAGAAGAAGACGAAGAAGAAGAAGCAAGUUUAGUUCAUAGAAAAAGAAAGAAAGAAAACAAGUUCGAUACCGGAUUUUUUUCGUCAGAAAAUACUCUGCAGCAACUCAGUAAAGAAGCUUACACUGAAGAUAAAGUAAAAGAUAAGUUCUGGGAGAAAGGAAAAGGCAUCAAUUAUGAGACCAAUUUAUUUAGUGAGGAUGAAGUGAUCGGUAAAAGGAGGUUUCUAUCCGAGGAAUUCGUGGGCUCCGGCUCGGAUUCAGAAUCGAGUAUGAGCGACGGGUAUUCGGUGAAGGACAUUGUUGUAGACUCCGACAGCGAUUGCUUUUUAUCAGAGAAGGAUUUCGGUGAUCGGUACGAGCACGAAACCGAUGCUACUACUGAAUCGUCGAUGAAUUUUGCUAACUUCAGUGUAGAUUUAAUGGAUGAUAUCCAACAGUCGGAAGAAGUCCAGUCACAACCUUUUGAUGAUUCGGACGCAGAAUCAGCUUUUUCAAAAAGCGACUCAGCGUACACAAACAAUCAUUACUUGGAUGAAUCGAAAGAAUUGAACGAAGAAUCGAGAAAAUUGGAUCUGCCGAGUACGAGUUCAAAGAGCUCUGACGAGGAUGUUUCAGAGUCGAAACGCGAGGAUGUAGGUGAAAAGAUUACUAAAGAAAACAACGAGCGCGUAGAAGAAUCGGUUUUUCAGAAGGAAACGCAAGAGAACGAUGCGAAGAAGCCGAAAGAGAACCAAUGGGAUGAUCUAAAUGAUGAGGAGAAUGAUGAAUUGGAGUCACUUUGGGAGCACCAGGAUCUUAUCGAGCAGCUGAAAAUGGAGAUAAAGAAAGUGCGGGCAAUCGGGCUUCCGACCAUCUUCGAAGAAUCGGAAAGCCCGAGCCCGAAGACGAUCGAGGAUUUGAAGCCGUGGCGGAUCGACAAGAAGUUCCUGCUCGAGGACCCGAUCGACGAGCUGCACAAGUUCUACAAGAGCUAUAGAGAGAGGAUGCGGAAGUUCGACAUCUUGAAUUACCAAAAGAUGUAUGCAAUUGGAUUUCUCCAACUAAAGGAUCCCCUCCAAUCAAUGGGGGCUCAAAAACCUCUACUUCCCACACUAACCACUAUUCUAUCCCAAAAUUUUGGCCACAAGCGUAAAUCCGGCGACGAUCAAUCAGAAAGAUUCGUCAGAGAGCUCAGAUGCGAUCUGGAAACGGUUUAUGUCGGGCAGAUGUGCCUUUCGUGGGAGUUCCUUCGGUGGCAGUACGAAAAAGCCCGCGAAUUGCCCGAAUCCGACCCAUACAGAAGCCAUCAGUACAACCAAGUCGCAGGCGAGUUCCAGCAGUUCCAGGUUCUAAUACAGCGGUUCGUCGAAGAUGAAUCCUUUCAAGGACCGCGGUUACCGAACUAUGUCAAGAACCGUUGCGUCCUCCGAAACCUUAUUCAAGUGCCCGUCGUAAAAGAGGAUAGUUUAAAGGAGAAAAUGGAGGAGCAGCGCAAAGGAAACUACUCGAUCACGAGCGACGAAUUGGAGGACAUAAUGGAGGAGUCGAUAAGACUUUUCUGGGAGUUCGUUAAGGCCGACAAAGAUGAAACACCGGGUUUGCUCAAGGGUUUGAUGGCUCCUCAAGUCGAGCUCCAAGAACCGUCCGACUACGAGCUCAUGAUGCACAUUCAUUCUAUCUUGCAAAAGAAAGAGAAGAAGCUAAAAGACCUCUUGCGGACCGGAAACUGCUUAGUGAAGAAGUUCAAAAAGCCGAAAGAAGAUAGAUCAAACCAAGACCUCUUUUUCGCGCAAGUGGACCUGAAAUUGGUGGCGAGAGUACUCCGAAUGCCGAGAAUUACCAACGAACAGCUGUCGUGGUGUCACAAGAAACUGGACAAGAUCGCAUUUGUCGAUCGGAAGAUCCGAAGAGAGCCUUCAUUCUUGUUAUUCCCUUGUUGAGGUAGAUAUCCUCGCCUUGUCAAGUAUAGUUUUAAUAUGUAAAUUUGAGGAAAAUUUAGGAUUAUUUAAGUAGUUAUUUAGAGAAUAUUGAUGGUCCUCUAUAGUGUUUUUUCACCUUCUAAAAGUAAAUGGGCUUGUAUGGCUCCCUCAUAUACUUGUACUUGACAGAGAAAACAUUUUUGUUUUCAAAUUUAUAGCCUUUAAAAUUACAAUGAUAACAUGUAUACAAGUGAAUGGAAACUAUUGGUGUGAGGCUUUACAUGUUAA